AUGUGACUGGUUAGUCAGUGGGAUUAGACUUUAGGGUUUGCUCGCUGUAUCAACAACGAUGAAAGCAUUCUUACUUGCAUUGAUAGUUAUUCACGAGGUCUGCAGUUUUUCGACCACCAUAUCCGAUACAUCCGGUGAAGACGUUAAAUGUGUGUCCAACGCUGAACACCUAUUGUCAAGAAGGAAGAGGUUUUUGGUCCUUCCAACAGGUGGUAUAGUUAUUUUGACAAUUGCGUUUGGAAAACUCCUUAUAUUCAAUUCACACGGACCUACUGGAUACUAUUCACUCAUAGAGUACGAUAUGUAUUACCCAUCUCCGGAUUUGAAGACCCGUAUCACGCAAUUUCAAUUGGGCGAGGUAUUAACGAGGCCUACCGGACCAAUAUUGCCUCCGCCAAUGCCACCGCUAACGCCACCACUUCCAACAACAAGAUUAACUCCAGCUCCGCCAACUCCACCAAUGACAGCAACGUCAAGUAUGCCUCCAAUGGAGGAUCCUCACAGUCAUCACUUUGGGCAUGAAGUAUCGGAAAUGGAACUGCAAGAAUAUCUCAAGUCCCAUCCGGACACGUGGGCUCCGCCGGGAUAUGUCAAAGAUCGUUCUGACUGGUUCCCACAGGGUACAUACAAUCCAUACAACCGAAACAGCAUGACUCAAACUUACAGUUCAGUGACGAAUAGCUACGGUCCAUCGGAGGAGAUGCACGAAGAAGAUCCGUAUGCACGUGAGUUUAGUGAAGACCGAUACAACAUCAGUCAGCAUCGCGAUUGGGAGCACUUUCAUCAUUAUCGGGAGAGGCGCGACUUAUACCAAGCUGUAGAAAACGCUUUUGGGGACGAUUUUCGCUCGAAGGUACAACCCUGCAUUAUGCGUGCCAUAUGCGAAGCACGAAAUUUGCUUCCUUCACGUGGUAACUCCAUGGUAGUGGACAUUGUGCGGCUUAUGUUCAGUGUUCCGUUAAAAGAUGAUCUUCAAGACGAAUAUAGUAGAGCUAUGAGACACGACAACAUGAAUUGUCCAGAGGUUUAUGGAAAGGAAUGUGCAAUCAGUAUUUUAUCCCUGCUUCUUUUCGGAAAGUUUGAACCCUCAUUUGAUUGAUAUUAAAAGCGUAUGAACAUUAACAAGACAGCUCCUACAUUGUCGCAUACUUGACUUCCUACACCUAAAA